ACAUAAAGUACAUAGAUGAGAUAACUGAUAGCUACAACUACUGGUCAGACACAAUCGUAUUCGUAACACAGCUGACCUUCUGCUGAGGGCAGGAAGUGGCUAGCCCUAUGCGUUAGCUAGCUAGCAAUGUAAGCUCGUUUUAAUCCUGUAAACUACCAAGGAAGAAACAUGGUACAGUAAACCUGUCAGAGGAAAACAACAGAUUACAUUCAAGGAUGUUGGGAACCUCCGUUAGCUGUGUUACGUUCCUCCUGCUGUUGCACCUGCUCUUUUGCUUGAAUCCCUCUGUGGCGUCCCACCUGCAGCACUGCCAGCCCAUCAACCAGACUGUGUCUGUGGAGAAGGAAGGAUGUCCUACCUGCCUGGUGUUUGAGACAUCCAUCUGCAGUGGACACUGCCUCACCAAGGAGCCUGUCAGGAGACGCCCAUAUAAGCCUGUGUCCCAGCAUGUGUGCACGUACCGAGACGUGCACUACCAGACAGUCCGCCUGCCUGACUGCCCCCCCAAUGUCGACCCCUUUGUCACCUUGCCCGUAGCGCUGAGCUGUGAAUGCAACAUGUGCACCAUGGACACCUCCGACUGCACCAUCGAGAGUCUGAAGCCAGACUUCUGCAUGACCCAAACGGCUUUUGAGCCUGCCUACUACUAACCAUCUGGAGAUACCAGGAGCCUAAAUUAUGAAAAAUAAAACUUGAUUUGGGAAUCUCAUUGACUUAUGAAUACAAUUCCAAUACAACACAAUUUAUUUUGUAAAUGUUCAAUGUCUAAAAUCAAUAAAUGUUCUCCAACUUGA